UAAGGGACGACGACGACCAAGAACGUAAACCGGAAGCCACAAAAGGCGAGCAGUUUGGAUCUUUUUCGGCAAGUUGUGUUGUUUUAUCAUAAGCAGCCUUUCAGAUCGACACAGGAACUCAAAAUGGGGAAACGACAGCACCAGAAAGACAAAAUGUACAUCACAAGUACAGAGUACACACACUUUUAUGGAGGGAAGCGAGCAGAAAUCCCACAAGCAAACUUCAGGCGGCUUCCAUUUGACCACUGCAGCUUGUCCCUUCAACCGUUUGAGUAUCCUGUCUGUACUGUAGAAGGAGUCGUCUUUGACCUGCUGAGUAUUAUCCCAUGGAUCAAGAAGUAUGGUACUGAUCCAGCCUCUGGAGAGAAACUGGAAGCAAAGUCUCUCAUCAAACUGAACUUUGCCAAGAACAAUGAUGGAAAGUAUCACUGCCCUGUUCUGUACAGCGUAUUCACAAAUAAUUCUCACAUCGUUUGCAACAAGGUCACCGGCAAUGUGUUUUCUCAUGAGGCUGUCGAGCAACUCAACAUCAAGACCAAAUCUUUCAAAGAUCUGCUGACUGACGAGCCCUUUACCAGGAAGGACAUCAUAACACUUCAGGACCCCACAAACCUGGAUAAAUUCAAUGUUUCCAACUUUUUCCAUGUAAAAAACAACCUGAAAGUGUUGGACCCAGAUGAGGAAAAGGCCAAGCUGGACCCAGCGUACCACCUGAAUAGCACAAACCUCGAGACCAGGGAGACCUUGGCUGAGCUGUACAAGGACUACAAGGGGGACCAGCUCCUGGCUUCCACUUCAAAGGAGCCAGAGGCCAAGAAGACGGAUAAAUUAAAUGCUGCCCACUAUUCCACAGGCAGAGUUUGCGCCUCUUUCACAUCCACAGCCAUGACUCCUGUAACAACGCACGAAGCAGAUGCCAUCGCAGACGACACUGUGCGUUACCAGUAUGUGAAGAAAAAAGGGUACGUCCGUCUGCGCACAAACAAAGGGGACCUGAAUCUUGAGUUGCACUGUGAUAAGGUUCCCAAAGCUGGAGAGAAUUUCGUCCGUCUGUGUAAAAAAGGCUACUAUGAUGGGACAGUCUUCCACAGAUCGAUCAGGAAUUUCAUGAUUCAAGGAGGGGACCCCACUGGCACUGGUACAGGAGGGGAAUCCUUCUGGGGAAAACCUUUCAAGGAUGAGUUUCGGCCCAACCUGUCUCACACCGGCCGUGGGGUUCUCAGCAUGGCAAACUCUGGUCCCAACACCAACAAGUCCCAGUUCUUCAUCACAUUCCGGUCGUGCACCUACCUCGACAGGAAACACACAGUAUUUGGAAGGGUUGUUGGUGGAUUUGAGACACUCACAGCAAUGGAGAAUGUGGAGAGUGAUCCCAAAACAGACAAACCAAAGUCGGAGAUCAAAAUUCUAAGUACAACUGUGUUUGUGAACCCGUAUGAAGAGGCCGAUGCUCAGAUUGCAGCUGAGCGAGAAAAGGAGCUUCAGAAGCAGGAGGAGGAGAGGCAGCAGACCAGCGUCGCACUAAAGAAAGCGAAGGAGGAGCAGGCGCCAAAGACCUUCAAAGCAGGUGUAGGAAAAUAUAUCAACCCAGCCACAAUAAAACGUUCGGCUGCUGAUGACGAAAACGGGCCAUCCACCAGCGGAGCAGCAGCCAAGAAGUCCAAGGGCAAGAUCGGAUUCGGAGACUUCAGCUCCUGGUAGCACGUUCAGUAUGUGCCAGUCUGUAUUUUUACUGGUCCAGUUGAAUAUGUGCAAAAUUAAUUAAUCACAUGCACACUUAUGUAAUUCUCUGUUAUCUCUCAGUAGUGUCGUUGUAUUGUGAAACAAGGAAUUAAAGAGACUUUUUUU